UGAACUUUGCUCGAAUCAUUUUCCGAUUUAAGACAAAGCCAGCCGGUCAUAAUGCAAGCCAGCACCUCGUUAACCUUCGAAGUCAAGAGACGUGCGCCGGAGCUGAUAGCUCCGGCAACACCCACGCCGAGAGAAGUGAAGCUUCUCUCGGACAUUGACGAUCAAAAAGGGUUUCGGUAUGUGCUCCCAAUUAUUCAGUUUCAUCAUAGAAAUCCGAAAAUGGGAAACAAAAAUCCGGCGAGUGUGAUCAGGGAGGCUUUGGCGAAGGUGCUGGUGUUCUAUUACCCGCUUGCUGGUCGGCUUAAGGAGGGUCCGGGGGAAAAGCUGAUGGUGGACUGCACGGGCGAGGGUGUGUUGUUUAUCGAGGCGGAGGCGGACGUUACAUUGGAGCAGUUCGGGAAGACGCUUCAUCCACCAUUUCCUUGUGUGGAAAAGCUCAUUUGUAUUCCUAGCUACCGUGGCAUCCUCGGUUCUCCGCUCGUAUAUAUUCAGGUGACACGUUUGCUAUGUGGAGGAUUUAUCUUUACUUCCGGAAUCAACCAUACCAUUUGUGAUGCAGUAGGAAAUGCACAAUUUCUAAUAGCACUAGGAGAAAUGGCACAAGGAGCACUUGAGCCAUCAGUAUUGCCUGUGUGGCAAAGGGAGUUGCUAUAUGCUAGGGAUCCACCACACGUCACAUUUCCUCAUCCCGAGUAUGAUGAUGUGGUUAACACCAAAGACAACCACAUUUUCGCGGUGAAUGAAAUGGCUGACAAAUCGUUUUUCUUUGGGCCUACCGAGAUGUCAGCCCUUCGUAGGUUUGUCCCAGAACACCUAGAAAGGUGCACUACCUUUGAGGUGCUAACAGCUUGUUUGUGGCGUUGUCGUACUAUUGCUUUAGAACCAAGUCCAGAAGAGGAUAUGCGCCUAAUUUUCCCUAUCAAUGCACGUGACAAGUUCAAUCCUCCUAUCCCUGUUGGCUAUUAUGGAAAUUGUAUCGUCUUACCAUGUGUGGUUUCAAAAGCCAGAGAUCUAAUCAAUAAACCGUUAGGUCAUGCAUUAGAACUUGUAAAGAAGGCGAAAUCUAGUGUCACUGAAGAAUAUGUGAGGUCGACCGCAGACCUAAUGGUUGUGAAAGGUCGGGCCCAGUAUAAAUUUGAUUCGACCUUCGUAGUAUCAAAUCUCAGUAGAGUUGGAUUCAACAAAGUUAACUUUGGAUGGGGGGAAUCAAUCUAUGCAGGGCUUGCUAAAGAUGAUAAAGAUAUCCCUGGAGUCUUUAGUAACUGCAUGCCUUCUACAAACGAACAAGGGGAACUUGGAAUCGUUGUUAUCGUUGGCCUACCACUUCCAGCAAUGGAGAAAUUUGUCAAACAACUAAAACGUAUUCUAAUACCUGGCCCUUUUUCUAAAAUAUAAUGAAAGAGUUUAAUGACCAAGUCACAUGUUUGUAUGAGUUUAUAUGUAUGUUUAUAGGGGUGGCUCUAUCUCUUUUGAAGGCCUAAAACAUAUUCUAAUACAUGGGCCUUUUCCUAAAAUAUAAUAAUUAUUCGCUUUUUGAUCCUAAAUUGUGCCAUCAGUGUAACAUUAAAUAUAUUUAUUUUUAUAUUUAA